AUGGGACGCCAGUAUAACUGCUUGCACAAGCAGACGUACGAUAUUCUUCGGAAAGCGGAAGCGAAGUGUCGAAUGGUUACAAAUGGGGCUGUCCCGUGGUCUCCUCAGAUCCAAAACUUUUGGGAUCGCCAGUCUCUACUGCUGAAGGGAAGGAAGCAGUGUCGAGUGAGCUCGCGGAAAAUCCGUCGCCUUAUGAAGAAGACUAAGUUGCCCGACGCCUGGAAGAAGACCACGGUUGAAUUGGAGACGGCAUUGCGUAAUGACAGGAAAGAGUACUUGCAUGCCAAGAAAAACCACACAGUUACAUGGCGCAAGGAGUUCUUGACUGUUCAAGUGAAGAAAUCUAAGAAGAAACAAUGGACAUCGCGGAAGGCUAGAGAUCGCUUUUUGAGGUUACGGCGGAUGAAGCAACGAGAGGAGGCAAGACGCCGCCGCCGCACCCAGUCAAAAGGAUCUACCGGUGGUUUGCAAGCGAUUCAAGUUGAGGAGCAGUUACCUACCAGAAAAGUGGAUCUUCGAACUCUCACUGACCGGAGACAAGUUGAGCAAGGGUGCAUGCAGGAAAACCGUGCACGGUACGACCAGACUCGAUCGCCCUAUACGACUGCUCCCAUGGACGAACCCCUGUAUUCAAUGUUCAACGGGGCGGAUGGAAAAAGGAACUCCUACGCCCUACUGGAGGGCCGCCUUCCAAUGCCGGAUGGGAUCAAUUCUUACACUCAGUCAUUCCUGGAGCAGUGCCGGUUCCAUCAAGGGCACUCCAUGAUCCCAAUGGAAGUGUCGCCUGACGAUCAUACUUACUUCUGGUCUCGUAAUCCAGAGAACAAGAGCUCGGAACCGCAAGGGCUACAUAACGGUCAUUUCAAGGCUGGGAUCUAUUCUUCUAUGGUGGCCCAAUGCGACGCUCUCUUCCGCCACAUACCCUUGAUAACUGGGUUCGUCCCUGACAACUGGCGGCAUCUGAUGAAUUUUGAAGCCAGGCAACUUUCGGCUGACAAGAAUGCGUACAAUUCAGCUCAUGAAUUCUGA